AUGCCUGACCCCGUGCGCCAUGUCGCUUUGGCUACGACCUUGAAGGUUUAUGUUCACAGCGCCUCCGACCUUCCGCGCGGCGACGCCAAAGGUCUGUCCGAUCCUUACGUGGUUUGCUUCCUCCCACCGGGCGCGGAGCCCGUCUUCCAAACGCAGGUUUGCAGGCAAACGCUCGACCCCGUCUGGGACGAGGAGCACCAGUUCCGCUACAACCCGGGCGCCAGUCUCCAGUUCCAGGUGCUGGACAAGGAUGACUCCCUGAAGGAUCUCUCCGAGCGUUUGCUUGACUUCCGCGGAAUCGGCUCUGACUUCCUCGGGCAAGUGACCUUGGAGAGUGAGGAAUUUUAUCCGAAGGGAUUCGAGGGCGAUGUCAUGCUCGAGGGUGUGCCUGGGGGCAAGAAUGCUAUCUUGCAUCUGCGAAUCACUGUCGAUGAGGGUCAGGUGCGCCUGCCCAUUCCUUCCCAGCCUGCGGCACAGUCUCACGAGACUCUGAUGGACACUGCCGAAGCCCAGCAGUUGCUCUACAGCACGGAGGAGAUGCCGGCGAAGGAAACGAGGAGGCAGCCAACCACGCAGGCUCCUCAACAUCUUUCCCAGCAUCCUCCUUCGGAGCGUCUCCAACAGAAUGCUCGCCAAGAGCAGAGGGGCGGAUCCUGCUCCUCCACCGCUGCACCGGGAGGCUUGCAUGAGGUCUGGCAGCUUCGCGUUACACUUGCAGCAGCUGUUGCAUUGCCAACGACACGCGACAGUGGGAGGUGCAGCCCGUACUGCCUUUGUGACCUCGCCGGGGACACGCCUUUUCAAUGCAGAACGGCUAUCAUUACUGACUCACGGGAACCAGUGUGGAACAAGACGGUCGACAUGGAGUUCUCUGGCAAAGAGCCUCUGGUUUUCUCUAUCUACAGCAAGGAGGUUUGGCCUGAGAAAGACACAUUACUCGCCACGGCCACACUUUCAGCUAAUCAGCUGCUUCCAGACGGCUUCGACGGAGACCUUGGGUUAGAGCUAUGCAGCGGCGCCGAAGUUCACACACACUCCGAGCGACCUUCUCUGAGAGUGCAGGUGACUUGCCACAAAGUGCAGCGAACAGCGGUUUCCGCGGCUCGUCGCGAGAAGCACCAGCACCAGAAGCAUUUAGAGGCCCCAGAGCGGCAGGAGCAUCGCCAAGACAAGGCUUCAAGUCCCAGGCCGAAGGCGAAGCCGGCGCUGAGCCCAAAGAGGCUGAAAGUGCUCAUCCAGAGCUUCCGAGGAUUGCAUGGGCUGGACUUGUCUUCAAGGCGAGUGUUCUCCUGCAUUUGCGCCAUCGCCGGGCGGAGAUAUGCCGACUUGCAGACUGGCCCCGCCAUGGAGCAGGGUUACCAAACAGUAUGGAAUCUUGAAGGUGAGCUUCAAGACUACGUGGAGGGAGAAGACCUGGAGUUCCACGUGGCAUGCGAGGAUACACAGCUUGAGGGAUCCGCUAUCCUCCGGUGCCAUCAGUUCUACCCGUUCGGGUUCAACUCCGACAUCACCAUGGCAAACGAUGGCCAGGGAAUAGUGGGACUAUUGCGGGUGAAGGUCAGCGUGGAGAAAGGAGCCAGUCAAAAGCACGUCUUUCCUACAGGGUUGCGAACCCUGGGCAUCCAGCAACCAUCUUCCGCUGCCGAUGCGAGGCUGAAACAAGCAGGCGACGUUUGGCUCCGCAGCCUCCGACCCUGGGAUGCCUUCCAGGCGUCCCUGGCAGCAGCUCAGGGCCAGGAACGACAUCGACUCUCCGAGCAGUCCAGUGCGAUCUUGAAGCCGAAAGUGAGUCGCAUGCCCAUGCCGCCCAUGCCCAUGUCGCAAAGCCAGGCCCAGGCAGUGGCAGCAGUGGGAGGGCGUUCCGGCCGCUCCUCUCCGUCCUCACCCAAGAGACAAGGGGGCCACAUGGGCCACCUCCCAUCAGCGCCACGGCCACUGUCACCGCAACGCACGCAGCACGCUCUUCAAGCCUGCCAAGUGGGCCCCGGCCACUGUGCCCAUGGCCAAGCAAGCAACAGCCCUUUGGUGCUGAGUCCAGUUCCAACCCAGAGGCAGCCGGUAGCAGUCGCUGCACCACACAUUCGAAUCCCUGUCGUUCCAGUCACCGUGGGGAUCUCUCCAGCAGCUUCGCCUGCUCUUGCGCUUCCGAUCGGAUAUGCGGGGCCGAGUCUCACCAGCACGGCAACUUCCAUGGCGGGAAUCAUGCCUACACCGGCUUUCGUUACUGGUGGACGGCCGGUGCAGCCGGGAGUAAUCUCGUUGCUGAAAGAGGCCCAAGCAAGCCUCGAGAGCUUACGCGCAGGGACGGGGACGAUGCACGCAGUGCGCUGA